CCUCCUCCGUGGCGCCGGGGACUCUCUCCGGCGGCUUCUCCGCCGUUCUCCCUCCUUCUCUUCGCGGGCAGAAAUGUUCCAAAUGUGGACAAUUCUACCAAAAGCCUCAAGCUUCAGGGAAAAAAGAUGUAGCCAUGUGGAGACCUUUCAUCUACCAUGGCAGCAAGGCUUGUUCCAAAUGUGUCUUCCAAGGAGGGAGAAUCUCAGUGCGAGGAGAAACAUGCGGUUCUGCUUAGUCCUGUGGGAAAACUCGAGAUAUCUGGGUGUGAAACAGGCUUACAUGAAAUAAAACUUCCAAAAAUGAGCGUGCUGCCAAGUGGCAGGGCAGAGUCCUCGGCCGCUUGCGAGGUGUGCGAAGGCGCGGAGGAGAUGACGGAGCCGCUGAAGCAGUGCACGGCCUGGCUGCGCGCCUACUUCUGCGAGCCGGCGAGGAUGGCGAGCCUUCCCGUGCCGGCCUUCCACCACCCGCUGCUCCGGCGAGAUUCGUUCACCAGACAAGUGUUGUGGACCUUGUUGAGAGACGUGAAGUUUGGAGAGGCCGUUUCCUACAAGCAAUUAGCAGUCCUCGCAGGCAACAGCAGAGCAGCGAGAGCGGUGGGAGGAGCGAUGAGGAGCAAUCCUAUCCCGAUUAUAAUACCGUGCCACAGGGUGAUUUGCAGCAGCGGGCAGAGCGGCAACUACGGAGGAGGAAACCUUAUGAAAGAGUGGCUUUUGUCGCACGAGAAGCUCCAGAAAGAGAAGUUAGCAUAUUGAUGCAGCUCAGCCACGGCUGCUAACCAGCCAAGACGUACAACCGCGGAUACUUGGCUUAUAACAAGCUCUCAGAGCACCCGGCAGAAUUCAGAAAAAUGGUAAAUAUUUGAGUGACAUAUAAAUAUAAUGCAACAUCCGAAGUGAAAUGUGUGGUGGCACCGCUAUAUUAAAAAAGCGGGAUGCGUCCUGGGGGAUGCAGCUCGUCUGCCCUUUCUUGUUUUUACAUUUUACAGCAGAAUGACUACAGCGGUCCAGGCCUGUUGUGCGUGGAUUUUGUUCCCAUCUCCGGUCCUGUUUUGUUCUAUUUUUAAUGUCCAUUAAAGCAGGGAUAAGGGAGCGGGAGGGACGUGGCAAAUGUGAGGUGCAAGCCUCCCCCCGAGGAAGCAGCUGGCUGGUCCCUGCCAGCCUCCCGCCCGGGACUCCCCUCGCCUCUUCGGUGCCUGAAACGGCGUUUUACGUGAACAGGAGUUAGGGGAGCACACUGAGAUGCAUUCCAAAGCCGGCGGGUAUGGAAUUGCUCGUUCCCGGCUUUUCUUUUUGGAUCGCGAGAGGUGGGACUAAAAAUUUUUGCCUUUGUGAACGGUGCAAAAGGCGGGUGGAAGAGAAGCUGCUGGCAAAUUGUACGAGAGGUCUGUUUUAAAUAAGCAGUUUGAUUAGUGCAACUGGGGCAAAAUACUGAGGAGCUCAUCAUAGUUGCGUCUUUAUCAGCAGCACGUUUGCUUUUAUCGUUCGGGUUUUUUCCUUUAGAUUUUUGUAUUUCUCUGUUACGUGAAGCUUUAUUUCCCAUAGCCUCUCUGUAGAAAGGAUUCAAGUAUUCAAGAGAUGUUAAAGCUAAAUUUUGAGGUGGUUUAAGCAGGGUUCUCUGCAAGAACGAGCCACCAGAAGCUGAAAUUUUCAGUAUGGGAAUCGUAAAUUGUAACAUGGAAAUACUGAUUUUUUUAUGUGUUUUAUCAUAUUUUCAUAGAUGUCUCUUUAGAAAGGCCAUUGCUAACCAAGAAAUUAUUGUGUUACGAUGCGUUAGUUAAUAUAGUAUUAUUGAUACCUCAGAAUUACUUCAAUAAAAAAACUGCUUUGCAUGUA